AUGGAGUCUUUUGAAGGACCUAGACGGGUUAGUGGGCAUAAAUUAUUAGAAAUCCCUACUGUAAAUGAUUUCUCUUCAGAAGAUGAAGAUGUUAAAAGUACCCUUAAACCUCGUUUUUCUCCACUGCCUCGAAGGCGGAGUUCUGCUUCUUCAGAGGAAGAGGAGGCAGACCCCCCUGGUACCAUUGCAAGGAAAGUUUCAUUUGCUGAUGCAUUUGGGUUUGAUCUUGUGUCUGUUAAAGAGUUUGAUACCUGGGAAGUUCCAACUAUAUCACAAAAUGAUUACAAGGAAGAUGAAGUUUUCCCUGAGGAGGAGUUUUUUUUAUCUCAGCUGUUUACACUACCUGCUUCACAAGAAGAACUUUUGCAAAAAGUGCGUGAGCAAAAAGUACUGUUGGAGUCGAUUGUGUUCCUGCCUGGGGUUACCUGUAUGAAUGGUAUUAUACGAGUCCUCAAUAUAUCUUUUGAAAAAACGGUGUAUGUUCGGAUGACACUGGAUGACUGGCGGAGUUAUUAUGAUAUCUUAGCAGAGUUCAUGCCCAAUUCUUGUGGCAAUGAGACUGACCAGUUCUGCUUUAAGAUUUCUCUGGUGCCUCCUUACCAGCAAGAUGGAGCUAAAGUGGAGUUCUGUAUACGGUACGAAACAUCAGCCGGCAUAUUUUGGGCAAACAAUGAUGACAAAAAUUACACGCUUAUUUGUCACAGGAAAGAAAAUGCAGCCAAGGUGGAUAAUAAAGCCCACAGAGAAGGUAGUGAUAGACAUCUUAAAGGCUGCUUAAAGACAACACCAAGCAGCAAAGAAGAAAUAUUGGCAACAUCUGACAAUGGCAUAUGGAAUAAUUCAAGGACUUCAGAAACAAACAUCCCAGAGAUUGUUUAUACACAAGUGGAAGACAAAGACACUGAGCCAGCUAAUGAAAAUAUAAAAGGUAAAAAUGCAGAAUACAACCGGGGUGAUCAUGGAGAUGAUGAAAAAGAAUUAGAGUUGCUGCUAAAUCAGCACUUCACAGGAGCUAGAGGUACCUCUUCCAGAGAUGAAAGGAAUUUAUACACAACAGAACCAGUUAAUUUUCCAAAUGAAACCGAAGAAUUGGAGAGAAAGCUAACCUACAGAGAAACGAGCAGUGACUUGCUGAGGCACCCUGUGCCUAUCAGUUCCUCAUCUGAAAAUACUUCACAAGAGACAGGAGAAAAAUUAAAUGAUGACAGAAAGUAUCCCAUAAGAGAUUAUAACAGUCAGUCAUCAGUAAAGGAAGUUACUGCUGGGUCUGUAAACAGCACCAAGCAGUCUUUGGAAUGUACUGGUGCCAGUGAAACCCUUUCAUCGGCAAAAUAUUUUCGCAGAACAAAGCAGAAUGAGGCUACCAAUAUUGCGACUACUGUCUCAAGCUGGCAAGGAGAGAGCUACACAGAUAUUUCAGAAGGUGAAACAGAAAACGCCUCAGGAAGCAAGAUGAUGGAGAGGUUAUUCAUCAGUGAGGAUGCUGCUGAUCCCUCCAAAGAGGCCCAUGAAAUGCAUCCAGAAACCAUUUCUUUGGAGCAUGAUGAAUCAGUGCAAUUAAAUGCGCGCAUAACAGAAACGCUGGAUGGCAAUGCUAAUCCAGCUCCAGAGCACCAGGCGACGCAAAUGCCUCACCAAACUCUGGAUUCAUCGUUGUCAGAUGCUGACAAAAAUGAAGGAAAAAUCAAGAUGAUUGAAAGCGAAGUUCGGGGACAUUUAAGAGGAGAUUUAUAUGCAGACAAUUUGGCACAUUCUGAUGUCUCAAUAGAUUCCACAAAAAGCCAAUAUACACACAAAAAAGUAGGUGGUGAAAUGUCCCAGAACUAUAACACUGAGAAAGAAAAAGAGAAGAAAGUCAUCGAAGUAGCAGACUUAGCACUAAUCGGAGAGGAGGAAGUACCCAUGCCUUUUAAGUCAUAUAGAAAACAUACUACUAAAACAUUCAACACAACAUUUCUGUCAACUGAAGACAACCACUAUGCACCCAGGCCUGCACAAACAGAUCCUCUGACUUCCUCUCUGGCUGAUGAAAGAAGACUUGAAGACACUCAAGAACACAGAGGAUUCACAAGGUUAAAAGAUAGAGGAAAGUCAGACAACAAAAAUCAAGGGAGAAUGAUAGAAAAGGAGAGUGAAGCAAACACACCGGAACAGAUAAGGGAGCAAACAGACAGUGAGGUUAGGUGGGAUAUGAGCAGUAAUACCAGGUUUCUGAAUAUUGCUUCCACAAAAGAAUUGUUUACCUGCCAAGAGACAGAGAGUUGUGAAAAGUCUUCUGUCUCUGAGCAUGGUAUUACAGAGAAAGCAGAGGCAGGUACAGCUUAUAUAAUUAAAACAACAUCAGAGAGUGCUCCAGAAAAAAUGUCUGCCAGUGAAAAAGCGGUAAUUGCUAAGCUACCUCAAGAGACUGCACUAAGUGACAGGCCCACAGAGGAAAAGGAAACAGCGUUUGAUACACAUGAAGGGAGAAAUGAUGGUUCACAUUAUGCUCUUUGUCAACUCAACACAGUGGGUGUAUUAUAUGACACUGAAUUUGAAAAGGAAUCAGUUUUAGAUAUUUAUAAUGCACGCGUACAUGAAACACUGCAAGGAGAAACGAUGUCUGUAUGUAAUAGCAGGGAAAAAUUUGCCAAAGCAGAGCCAGACAUUGGCAAUAUCCUACCUAUACAGCAAGCAGUAAGGGCUUCUGCUGCAGCAAAGAAGGAAGCUUUGGUGCAGGGUUUAGAUUCAGAAGAAGCAUCUAAAUGUCCCCUGGGUGUCCAGAAGCCUCUAUACAGCAAGGAGGCAAAAGAACGCAUGGAGGAAAGCUAUGCUGGAACACUUUCCUACCCCUGUGCUAACCUUGAAACAAAAAUGCCAUCUUCUGGUGCAAAUGCUGUGCCCAUUUGCCAUUAUAAAAGCUCUUCUGUGACAGCUUCUACAGAGUCCACUGAGGCAGGAGAGCAUCCAUACAGAGACUUUGAAUUUGCAGCCAUUGACAAGGUUGCUGCUGAGUCAGGAUAUGAUUCAAGUCUACCAAAUGAAAUGACAUGUAUUAAUAAAAACCUCUCUCCUGAAGCUGAAAGAAAAGAAGUUCCUUCCAGUUCAGACAUAGGGAUCUCUAGAGAAGGUAGAGGGAGGAAUAUAGGUCAAUGUUUCCAUCAAGCAGAGUUCAAACGAGAGAAUUCAUUAAGGCCAGGAGUUUUAAUUAGUGAACCUACUCAAGAAGUUGAAGGGGCAGGCUCUGAAUCUGACAGUUUGAUAACUGAGGGGAAUACUCUGAACUGGCUUGAUGACUCAGAGGAUGAAAAACAGCACAUUUCUGAUUCUGCAGCUAUUUCUCACCAGAAGAAUGAAGAACAUGGAAUACCUAGUGAGUCUCCAGCUUUAAAACAUAUUGGCUACAAAAUCUGUUAUUUCUUUUUCUUUCUUGUAUUUGCUGCAACACUCUACCACUAUGAUUUAAUCGUUUGUCUUGCACUUUAUCUAUUCUCCCUGUACUGGCUAUACUGGGAAGGAGCAAGAAGCAAGGAGAUUGUCAAGAAGGAAUAA